AGGUAACGAAGUAAUAAUACAAAAUACCUGGUGCUUUGCUUUGUCUUUGCCGAACGCAGGUACAAAAUACAAGGUAACGAAGUAAUAAUCUACUCGAAUGGCUACUUACCUCUGCCUCUGCCUCUGCCUGCUCGCAGCUUCCUCUUCUUUCACCAUUGCAGAGGGUGUUGAGCAGAAUACCAGUUUCAUCUUCAACCACUUCAACGUCACAAGCACAAUAAAAUAUGUUGCAGAUACCUCAAUACAAUCCAACGCAAUCAACCUCACAAAUCACUCGAGGCGUGCCAUUGGGCGUGCCUAUUUUGAAAAGGCUGUCCCCACGAAAAGAAAUGGCUCCGUAAUCUCGUUCAGUACGACCUUCAUAUUCGCCAUGGUUCCGCAGCCGCGCUCGGACGGUGGCAACGGGCUCUGCUUCAUCAUGACGCCCACACCACUUCUCAACGGCGCCAUCGCUAGUCAGUACUUAGGCCUCGUCAACUUAUCCAGCAACGGCAAAGACUACAAUCAUAUCUUUGCUGUAGAGUUCGACACGAUCGAGAGCGUAGGCGUCGAGGACAAGGACAGCAACCAUGUGGGAAUCGAUCUCAACGGCGUCAAAUCGGUGGUAGCACAACCUGCUGGUUAUUGGCAAGGGAACACUUUGACGCCCAUUGAUCUCAAGAGCGGCCACAAUAUAAGAGCCUGGAUCGACUACGAUGGGGACUUGAAGCAGCUGGAUAUAAGCAUUGCAGUGGUCGGAGAGGCGAGGCCGCAUAAGGCUCUGCUGUCGAAGAAAGAUUUGGACUUGGAUGGGAUAAUACAAGACCAGAUGUACGUGGGAUUUUCAGCGACUACAGGUAACUCUCCUGUAAUUGAGGAUCAUUACAUUUUGGCAUGGAGCUUCGCAACUGGUGGUAACAAGGCUCCAGAUCUAGACAUCUUGCAUCUUCCAUCCUUUUAUAUCAAAAUCCCCAAAUUCUACCAUUCUACAACUUUCAUAUCCAUUACUAUAGUAAGCUUAGCAAUUAUCAUCUUGGGACUCAUUUUAAGCACAUUUUACUGGCUUAAAAGGAUUGACUACAUAGAUUCUUACAAGAAAUGGGAGUUGCAAUAUUGGCCACAUAGAUUUUGUUAUCGAGAACUCUAUCUCGCCACAAAGGGUUUCGGGGACGACAAUCUUCUAGAGUAUGGGAGCUUUGGGCGGGUUUACAGGGGCACUCUGCCCUUCGGGGAACAAGUCGCCGUGAAAUGCAUCUACAAAGACUGCACGGAAGGAAUGAAGGAAUUCAUUGCAGAAAUCUCCAGCCUUGGGCGGCUGCAGCAACGGAACUUGGUGCCUCUCAGGGGCUGGUGCAGAAAACACAAGCGCCUUUUCAUCAUCUACGACUACAUGUCCAACGGAAACCUUGAAAGAAAUUUGUACAGUCCCAAAUUGAAUCUUACAUGGGCUCAGAGAUAUAAAAUUCUCACAGAUGUGGCCGCGGGGCUUUUGUACUUACACGAGCAGUGGGAAAAAUGUGUGGUGCACAGAGACAUUAAGUCCAGCAAUAUAUUAUUGAACUGUGAUCUGAAUGGCCGAGUAGGGGACUUUGGGCUGGCAAGGUUAUAUGAUCACAGUGAAAAGCCCCAAACUACUCAUGUGGUGGGCACGCUGGGCUACAUUGCGCCUGAGCUUAUACAUUCUGGUAAGGCUUCUCCUUACACAGAUGUGUUCAGCUUUGGGGCUCUUAUGCUGGAAGUUGCCUGCGGAAGGAAACCUGUAGAUGCCCAAGGUGUGAUUUUGGUUGAGUGGGUUUGGGAUUUGUAUGCAAAUCAAAGAUUACUGGAUGUUGUUGAUCAGAGGCUUGGUGGGGAUUAUGAUAAGGGCGAGGCUGAGAUUGUGCUUGUAUUGGGGCUUGUGUGUUCAAACCCUGACACAGAGAAGAGGGUUAGCAUGAAAAAAGUGUUGCGGGUUCUUUCUGGUGAGGCUCCUCUUCCUGGGGUUCUUCAUAUGCCCUCGGCUUCGAACAAUGUGGAUCGACUUUAAUAAAGACAUCUUCUACUUCAUAUGACGAAGACCUUAGAUUAUCUAUUAUAGUAAAAAAGAUUUACAGAGAAAAGUAGUAUUGUGUUAGUUGUUGAGGUUUUGCUCUAUCGGGGAUAGAGUUUGCCUUUGUUUCUAUGUAGUUUGACCGUUCUCGAGGUAUAGAGUGAAAUAGUUCGAGUUCUACUUGUGGGUGAAAAACUCUGAUUUGUACAAUAAUGGCAAUAGCUCUUAAUUACAUGAAAUUUGUAUUUCUUGUUA